CCCCCACUCUCAUCCAACGGAGCCGAAUGAAAUCAGAAACACCAAUCUCAAACGCAGUCGUUUCACACCCUCCUUCCGCUUCUUCACGCGCCAUGCUUUCCCAUUUCCAUCGAAGACUCUUCUUCUCUUCUGGGGUUCGUUAAAUCCGCAGCAAGCGAAGAAGAUUCACACUCUCACACACACACAGAGAGAGAGAGAGAGAGAGAGAGAGAGAACCAUGGAAGCUUCGAAGAAGAUCGAGAUCGUGAUCAAGAAAGCCAACGAUCACUGGGCUUUUCUGGAACAUAUUGAAGCACCUAUGUGGGCAGAUUUGACUCUCGAAGCUAAUUCUCUUGGUGAAGACAAAAGUGAUGGUGACUGGUUCAACACAAGCCAUCCGUUUCACCAGUGGUCUGCACGUGAGUUAAAAUCUAAAUUUUCUCACCCUGGUGAGGAGAUAGUGACAUCAAGUGUGGAUUUACAAGGAUUAACUUCACCGAAGCUACCUUCCUCAGUCUCGAGAUCAAGAGGGAAAGACUACAACAGCAAGAAGUGGGAAGGAACUAAUCUGAGUAUUUUGUUGGACAAACAGCAGGGUUUAAGUGGGAGAUGCUUGCAGCAGGGUUCCAGAUUUGCUCAGGAAGUAAAACCCAAAUCGAAAUCAAUUGCCGGCAGGCCAAAUGGAUUAUUAAGUACAAAGUUGGGAUUGCCUUAUACUGGCAGUGGAAAAACUAAGUCCAUUGCGAGUUGCAGUAGCAAUCUGGAUGACAAGAGUGGUCAAAGCUCCACAAGAAGCACGAUUACAUCUGAAAACACUCUGCAGAAACAUAAGGAGGUGACUAGGCAGCCUUGUGAUAAAAAAAGCGGAAGUUUAUCAGUUAUGAGUAGUCUUGGGAAUCGUUGUGUUACAAAAAAGGCCUCAACCUUUCAAAGACAGCAAUGUAUGGGUGUGUCGAGUCAACCUUUUGAUCAGAAAAGUAGAAGUUCUUCAGUUAGUGUUAGUCUUAGGAAAAGUUAUGUUACAGCUUCAAGAGUGGAGGUUGGUGUUGAUAGCAUGCUAUCAAGGAGUCGUAAAUCUUCUUCCGGGAAGUCAAGUGUAGGGUCAUGUUCAAACCCUGGUUAUGGAGCUAAAAUUGUACCAAAGCAGCGGAGCGAGAAAAUCAGAGAUGGGAAAGAUGUGAACGCAAUGGAUCAUGCAGAUAAAAAGGGACGCAACCCUGGAAGUGGAAGCUCUACGGUUAGUAGUGUUAGUAUUAGGAAAAGUUAUGUUACAGAGAAAGCCUCGAAAGUAGAGAUGGGUGUUGAUAGCAUGCAGUCAAGGGGCCGUAAAUCUUCUUCUGGGAAGUCUAGUGUUGGGUCAUGUUCAAAUUCUGGCUUUGAAGCUAUGUUUGCAUCAAAGCAGCAGGGAGAGGAAAUCACAGAUGAGAAAGAUUUGAUGAAUCCAGCAGUAAAAAACAGAUGCAACCCUGGUAACAAAUCCAAGGCAUCUGUCGUUCUAAUUGAAAGAGCAAACUUUGGUAACAGAAAGGGAGGCAACAUUGAUUAUGCAAAACCAGCAUACCAUAGAACUGCAAAAUCAUUGGUCCAGUCUCAGUUUACAAGUUCAAGGGCUAAGUUACCAUGCAAAGUCAACAAAGAAAACUCUUGUACUGGUACUAAGGAGAGACUAGGAACUAGCAAGGUUAAAGGAAAAGAGAAUGCUAUAAGGAAUGUAACCAUGAAUCAGAAAUGUAAUGAAAGAGGUGUUCGUGCUGGGGGCACCUUAAAAACUCAAAGAACUACAGGACACGUUCACCGGCAGAAUGAUGACAUAGCAGGAUCAGCUGCUUUGACAAUACUGGGAAAAGUCACAGAUCAACGUGAAGCAAAGAACCCAACUAACAGAGACAGAAGGAUUUACCUAAGGUAAAUGAGCAGAGCUGCGUGAUUCUUUUCUUUCAUGGAGUUAAAGGGAUUAGGGAUAGAAGUAGCCUAGCCUCAUCUGGAAAUCUGGCCAUGUCACUUGCAUCAGUGAAGCCUUAUGGUAUUUUGUAUAUAGCGUGAGUGAGGCUAUGUUUGCAUUUACGUUAAACCGAACGUAUCCCCAACGCUCCAACAGACUCUCUUUUACGUUUAGGCACUUUGAAAUUGAACACAAGUAUUCCAUGAGAGACCGACCGACGUUUGGUCUAAAACCAAACACACACUGCGUCUUUGCAAUGCUGGUGAUAAAUUUUGGUUGCUGUUUUUAACAGGAAUAUCCUUCUCUUUGCAAUACCAUUUUGUGGUUUUCCCUUCA